CAAAGAGUCUGUGGCAACAUGCGUUAAAGCAGAGGACCAAACUCUUUUUCUGGGUUUCACUGGUGGUUACAUCUAUUUGUUCCAUGCAAUAUCUUUGAUUGUAAGUACGGCACUUUGUUUAACUCAGCCAUAGGUAGACUGUUGUACAUCGGCUACUUGAUAAUUCGUAUACAUUCAGGCUCAUUCUUGUCUACGUCAGUGGUAUCAAUCUAUUUUGGAAGGUAUCCCCACUGAAAAAGUAAUUUAUUAUAGAGGUCCAGUGCAAUCAUAAAUGGGUUAAACCCUCAACAUGUUAAAAAGAAUAACCCAAGUUUUAGAACCACUGGUUGACAUAAAGUAUGUGAAACAAUAACUUGUAAUGACUGUAAUGUGUGAUGAUAAAAAAAUUGUAUUUUGGUAUUGAAAUGAUUGGUUACAAGGGAAAGAGGUUGGUCAAAUGAAUUCGGCCAACAGAUUGAGUCAGUAAGUGAGGAGGGCUUUUAUGCAAAUUUUGGGUAGUCUGUCAUUUAUUUUGAUACUGAUACAUUUUUAUCCUCAAUUUCCAUGAAGGCCCAAAUUAACUAAAAUCAGAAAUAUUUACUGAAAUUUUUAGUCAGUUUUUUAAAAAAUAAUUUGUCUACAGCAUUUAGUAUCUCUACCAGUGCCUUCAUUUCUCCACCACUCCUCAACCACUGGUGGUGGCGUCUUCACAAUGGCUUUUAACCCUAGCAAUACCUUGCUGACAACUGCUUACAAAAAUUCUGGGAUGUGUGUUUGGGACCUUCAGAAUAUCUCCAACAUCAAGCAGAGGUUUCUCACUUAAAACACCAUUGCUGGAUUUUAAAUUCAAUUAAAAGACAUAUAUUUUUUUCAAAUUUUAAUUCAUUUGUGGGUUGUUGCAGAUUCAAAUUUUUUUUUUCAUAUGGAAGAUUUUUUUUAAGCCACAUUUUUAUUGUUCUGUUGUGUCUGAUUUUAGGUUUUGAUAUUCCUUGUAUUUAUUUGUCUUUACUCUCAGCUUGGUGUCCAUCACCCCCUCCCCCCCAACCCCAUUUCAGGCCCUGUUACAUGCUUUUUGCAAUGGAUACAAGUGUUAUUUACUAAUACUCCUUAAUAUCAUAUAGUAAUUAUUGAUAGGAAGACUAGAAUUUUAAAUUAUUAUUAGGAUAAAACCAGCUCCACCACUUAUGGUUUUCCCCCUUAGUGAUUUUGGUAUCAGCAUCUUGGGUCCACCUUUGGAAAGUUGAAUAAAACUACGGAUUCAGCCUUAUUUAUUUAUUUAUUUAGACAUUUUUAUAAAGCGCUUACCUUAAAGCUCUAAGUGCUUUACAAUUAUUAAAAACAUGUAAACUAACUACAAUAAAAAUGAGACAUUAGGAUAGUAAUUACUAUACUAUAGAAACAAUUAAAAUGGCUAUAAAACGAGGACACUUUGGCACGUUUUGGCCUAUACUACAGGAUUAACCCGAGACAGAAAAUGAGGCAGGGCAAGGAGGGUGCAUCACAGGUCAUAGGCGGACCUAAACAGAUGGGUUUUAAGGGACUUUUUAAAAGUGGACGAGGUUUCACAAUGACUGAUAUUGAAGGGGAGCUGGUUCCAGAACGUGGGCCCAUGGAAGUAGCCUUUCAAGUAAUUUAAUGACAGAACCCUUUCUUGGAGGGUUUCUUUUUUUGGGAGCCUGAUGCCUCUUAAUGUUAUAGUUAUUUUUCUGUUGGUUGCCAGGAUUCAAAGAAAGAUCAAGUCAAAUCCCUGCUGUUUUUGACUUUAUAAGAUUAGCUGAUGUCAAGAACUCAAUAAAGUUGUUGUUUUCAUUUUAAUUUUCCUAUCUUACCAUUCUCAAAACUCGGAACAGAUACGUGGCUGUCUACCACAGCAAGGCCAUCACCAACAUUGAUAUAUUUACCAACUUGGAACCUGGAGAGACGGACAGGCAGACGCUGGUCACGGUGUCACAUGACUUCACCAUCCAUCUCUGGGGGAUACUUGUGUCAGACACCAUCUGCUAUGACCGCCUGAGCAUCCUGUUUACCGAACCAUCCACUCUGAACACUGAGGACUCUCAGGUGGAUGUCACAGACAGCUUGAACACCAUCACAGCUGUGAAGGUGAAUGAUACACCUGUAUCUAGUUGAAUAGUGAAUUUUUUAAGCUUUUAACUGUAGGUUCAUGUGAAAAAUUAAUAAUUAUGAUAUGAAAUGAAGUCCUUGGGUAUACUGGAAGAAGUAUGACAAGCUUGGAAUAAACAUGGCUGCACAAAAUCUGGGUAAACUAAAAGGGGGUGGGGGUGUGUGGGUUUUUAACUCUUAGAAUUUGGCUGUUGCAGGAUACGCCCAAGCUAGUGAUGUUAUCAUUGGAGUAGCUGGGUAGGUGUUGCCCUGGGUAGGCUAAGAUUUUUGCCUCUCCCCUUCCACAUAAAGAAAUCUGCAGUUUGCCAAAAAUGCUGCCCCUCAAUAUAAAGAAAAAAAGUGCCACCUGGGGAGGACCACUCUCUGCCCCCCUGCCUAACCCACUGGAUUUAAUACAGGCCUAGUCCACAAUUGGGCAAUAGCUAGGAUGAGUUAAUUUGAGUUGAAAAUCCCAAUGAUGAACUCUGGUAAAGCUGUGUACUAGGUUUUGCAAUACAAAAUUCUUUGCCACACUUUUGACUCCACAGUUGUAGAUUGAACAAUGCUUAGCAAUUGAUACACUCAAAAAGUUUUUUUCUUAUAUGCUGAGACUAAACUCCUAUUAAAAAAUCCAAAACAAAUUAAUGGUGAAAUUUAAAUGAAGAAUUUGUACACAUUAAUUAUAACCCGCACAGGUGAGCCCUGACAAGAAGUACAUAGUUACAGGAAACAAAUCAGGCAAUGUCUGCGUCUACGACAAGGACACCUAUGAGCACACAUCAACAAUUUUGGCUCACAACAGGGAGAUAACCUGCCUGGAGUUUUACUCUGCUAGGCAAGUGGGUUAGUCCUCAAUGUAACCUAGUAUUUUUUAAAAGAACAAAGUAAUUAACCUGCAAUAACUCUGCUUCAACUUCUAUUAAGUAAUUUUUUUAUAAAACAACUUCUAGAAGGACUGAAGUCUAAUGCACAGUUUAGUCCGGAAACUUUAAAAUCUAUGAAAGGUUGCGAGUUCCUUGAUUUGGCUAUCAUAAAAUAUAUUUAUUUGAAAAGUCUCACAUUCAUUUUGCAUUUAAAAAGUCUCACAUUCAUUGUUCAUUAAAAAAAAUCUCACAUUCAUUGUACAUUUGAAAAGUCUCACAUUCAUUGUUCAUUUGAAAAGUCUCUCAUUCAUUUUAAAUUUGAAAAGUCUCACAUUCAUCGUUUAUAACAUUAACAACAGGGAUCUGAAUAAACAACCAGCAUAUGUCAAUCAGCUGGUUGGCCAAGACAGUGGGUCAUCAAGAUGUUGUGAUGGAAUCUGACAACUUUUUUUUCUUUUAUCCUUUAACCUCUUUCUCAGAUUGAUUUUCAGUAACAACUAAGAAAUUGAGAUUUCUGUCAUUUGAAAAAAAAUAUGUGUAUGUUGUGUUAUUAUUCCAUUUUCAAUUUAUGCUCUGCAUUAGUGAUUGUUAAGCUAAUAAUUUUGUUAAAUUUUAGUUUUUGUGGUGAAUUCACCAUAAUUAGAGAGACUAUAAUUUAGUUUAACUAUUGUUAUAUGGUCUCUGCUGUAGCAUAGGCAGGUUAUAAUGAUUUGAAGGGCCUUAGAUGACAGACAGCAUCAAGAAAUUAGAAACAUAAUCAUAAAUAAUUUCUAGUGAAAAUUUCUCCUUUAGUUAAUUCCUAGAGAUCAAUUGUAGAAGCAGGCAACAUUUUAAAGCUAUUUCAUGAUGUAUGCAGUUUCUGAAAUCUUUGUACUGCAACUCCUUGCAAAGAUGUCAGGACCAGCACAAGGCCUGAUUAAAAUGUGACAUUCAAAUAAUCCAUCUGAUAAUAAGAUCAUUUUAUUUUUCAGUUCAGGGAGUUUUGUACUGGUCAGCGGCAGCCGAGAUAGAUUAAUUCAUGUGAUGGACGGCAAUAACAACUUCAGUUUGGUGUCCACCCUCAACAUACACUCAUCCUCCAUCAUGGCCAUCAUCAUCUACGAGCUUAAUGAUGUGGCUUAUAUGGUGUCUUGCGCUACGGACAGGUAAAUUGACAUAAAAAUUGGUAACAUGAUAUGCAACAGGUUAAUUUAAUAUUCUGAUAGGUAAUUCAAUUUACUGAUAGUAAUUAAGUUCUCUUAAUAUAAUUUCAUUGGAUAUUAGUUUAUUUUUUAAGUUGAAAAAAUUUCAAACAAAAAUUUAACAUAAAAAUAGUUAUCUGCUAUACUUACAGGUGAAUUAAUUUACCUAAAGGUAAAUUGAUAUAAAUAAAGGUAAUUUGACUUUCUGAUAGGUUAAAUGAUACUGUAAUUUACAGAAAAUUUUCUACUUAAAAAAAGAAAAAAAUUAUGUGAAAUUUGUUUACCAUCCUGUUGUAAAUAUCCAAGACUAUAUCACUGCUCCUCUAUCAUUGUGUUGCUAUCAUUGCGCAGCCAUCAUUCCUCAUCUAUCAUUGCUCAUCUAUCAUUGCUCAUCUAUCAUUGCCCAUCUAUCAUUGCCCAUCUAUCAUUGCUACGGUGUAAAAUUAAAAAAUAAUACAGCUUCCUGCCUCAAUUUAUUUUUAUUAAUUCAUCUUUUUUUUUUACCCCAGGAGUUUAAGUAUCAGCACUGCAUCCAUCCACCAGGGCAGCACAAGCCAGCCACCACUCUUCCACCUGGCCAAGUGUGCAACAGUUGUAUCUUCUGCUACAGACAUUGCUGCUGACUUGAUUACAGAGCACCUGGUGUUGGGAUGCCAGGAUGGCAAUGUCAGGAUUUUGGACAUGGCAUUACUGCAGGUUUGAAGCUUAUUGGAGAAAAUCAAAAGUUUUUUUUUUUUAUUGAUAACAUGUCUUGAAACUUGGAACAGUUUUCAGUUUGGUUAAAUAAACUAGAUUUUCUUAUAUAAAAUAUGAAUUCCUGUUAUAAAAAAAUUCACACUUGUUUUAGCUAUUUCAAUAGGUUCUAAAGUUUAAGUUUUAAUUAAGUUAAUGGUUUGACAAACACUCAGUUAAAAUUAUGUUAUAUUUAUCAUAAAUAUUAACUUUAAAUACUGUCCUGAAACAAAUGAAAUAAAUAAGGUACAGAGUUUUCAUUUCAUUUCUAAACUAUUUGAUAUGAAAGUGCCAUUUCUUUGUUGCUAGAAACAUCACCUCAGAUCCCCCAGCUAUACUUAGCUAACACUGUCUUCUUCAAACUUUAGGAACAGCGCAUCUUUCGAGGAAGUCCCUCAGAAGACAGCCAGCUCCAAAAGAUCACGCUGGAUGUCAACAGCGCUUUCCUGAUCACAGCUGCCUCAGAUAGAACGAUCAACGUGCUCAACUUCUGCACGGGCGAAAUACUUGUCAGUGUGCCAGGACACACCAAGUACGUUACCGGCCUCGUUUUCACUGCUAAAGGUGAGUGGUUGAUCCUUAUUGGAGGUCUGUAUGAUUUCUGGUGCAUUUGAUGAUUAUUAGUGUAGUAGAUGAUUGUCGGUGUGGUUAAUGAUUGUUGGUGUGGUUGAUGAUUUUUAGCGUGGUUGAUGAUUGUUAGUGUAGUUGACAACUGUUGAAGCUGUUGAUGAUUGUUGGAAUAUAUGUGUCAAAAAAAUAAAAAACAACUUUGUUAAUCAUCUCGUUAAGGAUUCCAUAGAGCUUGCUGUGUAGGCUAACUAAUGAACUAUCCUCAAUACUCUUGUGUGUAGUAUGUUAAUAAAUUUAAUGUAUGAAGGCGUAAUUUCUAUGAAUGUUUUUCUUUUUUUGUUUCAGAAAAUUAUACAUUUUUACUGUGUCAUUAAAUUACUUGCAAUUUACCUAAAAUUUACCAAAAAUUUACCCAUUUGCGCAGAAAGAAAUAAUUUUUAAGUCAGGAUGAAAAUAGCAUGACAUGUGUUAAAAUGGUUCAGAGGCUGUGUAGAGCACAAUGUGAUGCACAUGCAACAAAUUUUUCUUACAUGGGGAAUGGAAAUAGUUGUCAUUCCCAACAACUGAAAUAAUGUAGCCAGACAAUGACAGUAAUGAUAGAACUUUUUGUGUUCUGACACAGGGGGACACAUCAUCUCCACAUCAAUAGAUGGGUGUGUUUUUAUCUGGAGGCUGAGCAAAGGGAUGCUGAGCAAACGAGAAGAGAUAAGUCUGUGCAUUCAGGCCAAGAAGCAGAUGCCCGACGUCACCAGUUACAAGGAUCUGCUCUUCCUUCUUACGCAGUCCGUGGAGGAGGAAGCCAACGUGACACAGGUCGAUGAUAAAAUCAAUGCCGAUGAAGAUCUCGAGGACGACUUAAAAAUUGUCACAGACCAACUGGAGUCUAUAUCUGAGAAAUCCAUCCUAGGCCUCACCACAAUAGAUUUGUCCUUUGGGGAUGGUCGGAAGUCAGCUGGUGAUCUGUCCCUGCAAAGUGAGAUCAAGCCACCCAGUGAGCACUCUGCUCAUGAUUUGUCCCUCAUCUCUGAACAUCUGAUCACAGGAGAUACAAAAUCGGUUACCCAUCAGCUGAGCACUCCUCUGGAUGAUCCUACCGUCUGCAGUCAGGAAAUGGCUAUUGUAGUGGAUCUCAUCGACAAGUUCUGUGAGGAAAUAGAAGGGCACUGCGAUGUGGACAGCGGUAGCCCCUCGUUAUCAAACGUCUCAGAGCAUUCCUCGAAACAAAUGGCUGCGGAGGAAGAGGACCUCUAUAGGACAUUGAACCAUUUAGAUACCUCCAUGGACGACUUAGGAAUCAUCGAAGAAACAUACAGGACCUCAAUGAAUACAAGCCCAUCCAUGAAACGUUUCCAAAUAGAGGAACAUUACCUGAGGGAAGUCACUGGUGAGGUUUUGGACUAUGGUGAGGACCAGGAGAAAAUCAAUGAUGUUUCUGUGAAGAGCAAUAAGAUUGAAGAGGUCAGCAUGAAGAGCAUCAACAUGUAUGCAGAAAUAAAGGGGCUUGGAGAGGAAUCACGAAAGAGGAUGAAUCUCACCAGCUACUCCAUGAACCCAAACCAGUGGGAUGAUGAGAGCUACAACCACAAGCAGCCA